UUUGACCGCUACACUAAAGGAUGUCGAGCGCGCAAUCGCAACUGCUCAGUCCAGUGGACACCGACGACGUCAUGCCUCGGGCCAUAGGAGCCUUGACAACCACAGGAGAGUACAACCAAGUGCACCGCAGUGUCGGCUCGCCCUCCUACCAAGACAGCCCCUCUGGGGAGGUUGUAGCCAUGCACCAAAUCAGCUCCAGUCCCGCUACAUCAAGCCCAAUGAAAUCACAACUGAACUUUAUACUUUCCAGUACGGGCUCCGCAGUGCAAGGACAAAAUUAUGCGGUGACUACCAUGCCAGCAGCUGCAGCGGCCCCGUUGAAGCGAGGUCGAGGGCGACCCCGCAAGCAUCCCCUGCCGCCUCCCGCCGUUUCCGGCACCAGCUCGGCGGCGGCCAACGAAUGGCCUCUAUCCGUCACGCCUCCCCAAGAUAAAGGCACCACGGCAGCCCCCACAACCAUCUUGUCUUCGGGACUGGUGCCCGUCGUAAAACGUGGACGAGGGCGGCCACGCAAAGUGCCGCUGGAUCCGUCGCUUCCGCCUGUCCCUCCACGGGUUCGCGUGGUUGUACCGCCCGUUCCCGUCGUGCCCCGCUCUGCGCGCGUGAGGAAGUCGACAGCCAUCUUUUCACCUGGAGGAGACAACCGUCCUAGGAAACCCCCAGCGGCGAUGUCUGGUGUCCGCCGAGGCCGCGGCCGUCCUCGGUCGACCAACACGUCUUCGUCACCUUCCAUGUCCAAUCCGCACGUCCACCGCAUCGUUCGCCGCGUCCGAAAUCGAUUGAGUUCCAUGCGCAUCAACAUGGCGUUCGUGGAUGCGUAUGAGCAGACGGGGUGGCGCCAACGGAGCAGCGAGAAACUCAAACCCACGGCCGAGUUGGUGGCCGUUCGCCAGAAACUUGCGCGGCACCAACGGGCGUUGCUGCGAGAACUCGCCGAGUUUGACGCCGUGUUCGCCAUGGACACACCGCUGCCCACCCACGCGAGCGAACUCGCUCACGACGACGACAUCGUGUGCUCCAAGUGUCAGUCCACGCUCACCUCUGACGGUAACGACAUUGUGCUCUGCGACUGCGGCACAUGUCAUCGAGCGUACCACCAGCAGUGCCUGGAGCCAGUACUGGCGACCUUGCCGGAAGAGUCGGCCGAAUGGUACUGUCCUCGGUGCGACGGUAUAUUUCAGUGUCUCGUACUUCUCAACGCUACCUUUGGGUCGACGUGGGAAUCCCUCUCAGAGGUGUUUCCAGAGUUGACGGCCCAUGACCUAGAGGGUGACACGAACGAGAUGUCGUCCGACGCGCGGCAAACGCAGCAAGACAUGGACGAGGACAAAGCUUCGGAUGAAGACUUUGACAAAUCGAGUGUCGACGGGGAUGACGACGACGACGACGAAGAGGAGGAGAUGGCGGACGAACGUGACGCGCUGAGCGAUGCAGAAGUGCAGUUUCUCACGACCACGACGGACGUGUUGGAUGCCGCACGCCGCUCCAUGCGCUCCCACCAGAUGUCACACGACGACCAGAGUGACGAGGACGUGACGACGUUGAUUGUGUCUGGGAAACGCCGACGCACGGCGGUGGAUUACCGCAAAUUGCACGGCGAAAUGUUUCCAAAUGCAAAGCCAGAAGACGACGAUGAUGACGACAAGGACGAGUAUGUGCCACCGCAAAACGAGGACGAAGCAUAAGUAGGGUUAGUAGGCUGGAAAUGAAAUGUCUAUGUGACGAGACCAUGCGACGAGGCCGCCUGCGACAUGCCACGUGUCGGCUGUACGACCCGCGGCGACCAAUUGGUGGACCGCGUGUGUGGAAUCCAUCCCGCGGCGACAAAUCACAGCCACUAACGUCCCCGUGAGAUAAGAAACGGCAGUUUGAUUUAGUAGUACCGGCGGACGAAGAGCCGACAAGAGACGGGAUGGAGGCGGGGAGGUCGGCCAGAGGGAUGUUUAUCGAGGGCACGAGGUGGCAGAUGUCGUAAUGCACGCGCUCUCGGACGUCCACUAGCACGAGAUCGGGGUGGUCUUGGAGCAACGAGGCCAGAAUCUAUGUAUGUAUAUGCAUCGAAAA